AUGCCGUCGAACCUCACCGGCUCAAACAGCACUGCCCCGCUCGCGGAUACUCACCACAACUUUCCCGCCCUGGUUUUUGGAAUACUCCUCAUCAUCUUCAUCAUUUGCGGAAACCUGCUUGUGUGCAUCAGCGUGUACACGGAGAAGGCGCUAAAAACGACCACAAACUACUUCAUUUUUAGUUUAGCUGUGGCGGAUUUGUUACUGGCAGUACUGGUGUUGCCCCUUUUCGUGUACGCACAGUUUCAGGGUGGCGUGUGGUCCUUGGGCACAACGGUAUGUGAUGCCCUGAUGGCCAUGGAUGUGAUGCUGUGUACAGCCUCCAUAUUCAACCUGUGUGCCAUCAGCGUGGACAGGUUCAUUGCUGUGUCCAUCCCCCUGGCCUACAGCCGGAAGCACGUGGACCAGAGACAGGCGGUCCUCCUGGUGGGGACCUGGGUGCUGGCGCUGGCCGUGGCAUCGCCCGUCAUGUUUGGCAUCAACCAGGUGCCGGAUCGCAACCAGGACGAGUGCAAGCUGGAGGACAACAACUACGUCAUCUACUCCUCGGUCUGCUCCUUCUUCCUGCCCUGCCCCGCCAUGUUGUUCCUGUACUGCGGAAUGUUCCGGGGCCUGAGGAGGUGGGAGGAGGCGCGGAAAGCCCGGCUGAGGACCAGCCUGACACAGCACCAUCACCACCACCACCAGACCUCCCAGAAGCUCCAGGAGGCCAGCUCCUCUUUUACUCCCUCCAUGGUGGUCUCCCUACUGCGCUCCCCCUGCUGCCCCUCAAAGGAGGCCAAACUACAUACACUAAAUACACAACACCUGCCGGGCCUCACGCCUGCUCCGUCACCAGCGCUGGGUUUGCCCACCCCGAGCGGCAAGCAAGGCAGCAGCCGAGGCCACCGAGCCAAAAUCAACCGCCGGGAGAGGAAAGCCAUGAGGGUACUUCCUGUGGUUGUAGGUGCCUUCCUGCUGUGCUGGACUCCCUUCUUCAUCGUCCACACGCUGCAGGCGGCGUGCGAGACGUGUGACGUCCCCUCUGCGCUCAUGAGCACGGUGACGUGGCUCGGCUACGUCAACAGCGCCAUCAACCCCGUCAUCUACACCAUCUUCAACACAGAGUUCAGACGCUUCUUCAGGAGGUUCCUGCCACGCUUCUGCUGCUGA